UUAUUUCUGUAUAUAACAUCCCUAGGAACUCAUGCUGUUUUUUCCCUAACAAUUAUUCCGGAAUGUGGUAACAAGACAAGUUAGAGGGGGUCAGAAUAAUAAACGUUAGGCGUGUCGGCGUCUGUUUUUUAGUACUUUAACAGAAUUCUGCACUAAAUAAGUAACUGUAUUAUUAUAAUUUUUAAUGGAACUAAUAUCAUAUGUAAAAGAAAUGUAUUCUUUGCUUUAAAAUGUCAAAGCAGCAAAAAAUUUCAAGCUUGAAAAAUGCUUCGUUGUUCAUAUCAUACCAUUUUAUAAUUCGAUAAAAUUUCAAUUUUACGUUUGAUACAUUUACGUAAGUACAUGUGCUUGGUGUUCGGUCACGAGUGGAAGAGGGUAUGCUCUUAUGGGGUAACAGCAGGGCGGUAGCCUUUGCCGGGGAAUGGAGACGGAGAGCGUAAAAUCGGGGGCUAGCGAGCAUAGCCAUAGCCAUCAUAGCAGAACUUCUCAAAAACAUCAUCGUACUCAUAGUUCUAAAUCUCAUCACAGGCAACAUUCACAUAGAAGUACCAGGACAACUCGUAGUCAAAAGAAAGAAAGACACAAUUUAGAUUCCACAGAAAUGGCACCUUUUCAAACAACUGUUAAUGUAAGAGGAGAUAGUGUUGAUAAUUUGGGUCAAGAAGUUAUAGAAGUACAAAUUUUACCUCAAGAUGAAAACUGGGGUGAAAAUACUACAGCUGUCACUGGAAAUACUUCUGAUAGAUCAGAAUCAACUGAAGAUGUGAGCCAUUGGCCAAAUGAGAAUGAUGGAUCAUUUAGUUCCUGUAAUCGAUUUAUGGGGCCGGUUAUAGCAAUGAUGCUUGGAUUAAGUGCUUUUCUUAGUCCUAUAACAAUGGUUAUAUUGCCUAAGUUAGGAUUUUUUCCUGAUUCUACAACUGUUUUAACUAUGCAACAAAAGCUUCAGUUAUUAUCUUGUAAUGCUGAAUGUAAAGGCCAAUUACUAGGUUUAGCCUUUAAAUUGGUGCUAUUAGGUAUUGGGAGUUGGGCUGUGUUUUUACGUUCAAAAAAUGCUACUAUGCCACGCAUAUUCUUAUUCCGAGCGGGAGUGUUGCUUCUUACUACAUUAUGCAUUUGUACUUACUGGUUAUUUUAUGUUGUUCAGGUUACUGAGAGUGCUAAGACUGCUGCUAAUGGUGAAAUAACAGAAUAUAAAAAUUUAGUAAACUAUGCAGGUACUCUUGCAGAUACUCUACUAUUCAUACAUUAUAUUGCUAUAUUGCUAAUUGAAAUUCGCCAUCAACAGCCUAUCUUUUAUCUUAAAAUUGUAAGAUCACCAGAUGGUGAAUCCCGAUCUUAUGCAAUAGGACAAUUGUCAAUACAGCGAGCAGCAGUAUGGGUAUUAGAAAGAUAUUAUACAGAAUUUCCUAUUUAUAAUCCAUAUCUAGAAAGACUCCCAGUAUCAAAAUCUGGUAGAAAACAGUCAAGCUUCAAGUUUUAUGAGGUUGAUGGUGGAGUAACUGGCAGUGUUCAGUCACGAGGAGGUAGUGGUGAUAGAGCAGUCAUAACAACUCAAACUCGUCGUAGAGAUUCCAGUCACAAUGAACGUUUUUAUGAAGAACAUGAUUAUGAACGUAGAGUACGAAAACGUAGAGCAAGAUUAAUCACUGCCGCUGAAGAAGCAUUUGCACAUAUAAAACGCUUGCAUUCAGAAGUUGAGUCUACUCCAAAUCCUGGUCCUAUGGAUCCCAUGGAAGCUGCACAAGCAGUAUUUCCAUCUAUGGCAAGAGCUUUGCAGAAAUAUUUAAGAGUUACGCGGCAACAACCGCGUCAUUCUGUUGAAUCUAUUUUAAAUCGACUUGCACGAUGUUUGGCUCAAGAUGCAGCACCGCGCGCAUUUUUAGAACCCUUUUUUGUAACCAGCCCUGUUCUUUCAAACGAAAAAGAACGACAGAAAAAAUCGCAUCAUUGGGCUUUAGUCUGUGAAGGAGAAUUGCCUUCACGACCUCUCGCAAAUGGUUGCGAAUUUCAGUUACGACAAGGUGAAGUAGCUCUGUUAUGUACAGUAUAUCAUUUACCUCAUUUUCACCUUACAGAACAGCUCGCACAUCCUAAAUCUAAUAAAUUCUUACUAAGAUUGAAUUCCGAAACGUCGGUUUAGUAACAUUAUAAAACCAAUAGCUUUUUUCGUUUUAAAAUAAUAUACAUUAAAACGCUAAUAUUUUUAAUGGAAACAAAACUUAUUAACCGUUUGAGUCCCAAGCAGCGCGAUCGCGCUGUUUAGAUUUUGUGUUGAAAAGUCCCAGUACAUUUGAAUGCUACGGAGGACUGACGGUAUUUUGUAUUUCAUUGUUAUCUUCUCAGUAAUUUUUAUUGAACAAAACUUGAAAUAUUUAUAAACUAAUAAUACGCAUAUAUAAUAAUAUAGAUGUAUUUUAUAAAAAUAACAAAUAUAACAAGCACUAUUGCGCCGCUUGUUUCUCUCCGUAAUCGAUUAAGACAGGCACUAUCGCACUGUUCAGGAUUUUUCGACUCUGUUUUCUCAGAGACUUCUGGGACUCAAACGGUUAAAAUUACAAAAUUUUUUACUGUAUAUAAGUGAAGAAAAUUACAAUAAUACAUAUUUAAAUACUGGAAAUUAAAUAUAAUUAUAGAAAAAAAUUGAUAUUGAAUCAUGCAAGAAGAUAGUACAUUUAAAAAUAGCUUUUUUAAGGGAAUAAAAUUUUGGAAAUAAUAAAAUAGUUUUUUAUGCAGAAUCACAGGAAGUGUUCAUCUCAAUAAUGUUUACAUAUCUUCUUUAGUGCAGAUAAUAGCAAAAUAAAAGGACAAUAUAACUUUCCCAUUUAUAAUUGUAGAUAAGAGAAAUUCAUAUUUUUAUGAUGUGAACACAUCUAUAUUUAUUUAUUUCAUUAUUUUACAUAUUAUUACUUAUAUAUUAGUAAAAUAAACUUACUAUAUUUUUGGGUAGUUUUAUAUCAGUAAUUAAAACCUCUUAAUUAUUUUUCAGUAAGUAUAUAUGUAAUUGGAAAACUAAAUCUUGAAUAUAUAUCCCCUGAGUAAAUUUUCUUUCUUAAGAAACUUUACAAAAUUACUUUAAUGUAAUAGUAUUAUGAAAUGUAUUAUAAUUAAUACAUUAUUUAUUGCAUAUUUAACAUUCAUAAAUUUUCGUUAUACGAAAAUUUUUAUUUAUUGAAAUUUAUUAUAACAACUUCUGCAAUAGAUAAGAGAAGUGUUUAAAAGAGACACUCUGGGGAAAGAGAAAUACAUUCCUACACGCAAUAUAUUUGUAUAAUGUGCUGUUCAAUUCAUACAAAUACAUUUAUAAUAUGUAAGGUGACAUAUGUAUCUAUUACUUCAAAGGUAUAAUAUCUUCCAUGACAUAAAGUAACUUAAGUUUUUCUUAUGAUAUGUUUUAUAUAUAUACAUUUACAAUAUAGAAUAUAUUACAGUAAAAUUUUAUAAAUUUAAGAAUAUAGUCAUUUUUAGUUUAUUUGAAUUUAUUAUUAUCAAUUGAAAGAGUAUUAUUUUAAAUUCUCAAAUAUUAAAAUAUUGCAGUUGUGAUAAUCAAAUAAGACUUCAGAACAAAACAUUUUUAGAAAUUUAUAAUUUUAUAUUUUGUGAAAGACAUGCAAUCAAAUGAAACUAUUAUGAAUUAUAAGAUAUUUAUAUAAUUUAAAUAUCGUAUAAGUUUUCAUUAAAUACUGAAAAUAUGUUGCAAAAUGUCUGCUUAACCUUAUUUCAUUAUUUUAAUACAUAACUUUAAUAUUUGAUUGCUAGAAUCAAAUAUUAACUUCUUCAUAUAACUGUUGUUGAAUACUAUAUUCCUACAUUAUUUACAUCGUUUACAUAUAAUAAUAUUGAAUGUAUUAAUUUUAACAUUUUUUGUAUAUCUUUUACAUAACUUCUACAUUAAACUGUUAUUAUUCUAUAUUUCAUUUUGGAAGGCUGAUAAUAUUAUAUUGUGUUUGAGACUAUGCUUGCUAUUAGAAUACAUGUACAGUAAAUAAUGUGUGUAAUACUUUACAUUCACGUUAAUAUAUGUAUAUAAAGUAUAUACAUCUCAUGAAUGUAUAAUGAAGUGAUUAAUAUAAUAAUGAAACUUGUUAUACAAAAGAAGGUUUAAUGUUAUAAUACUCAUUUUCUUUGCAUUCCUGUUUAAUAUCUAAAUUUAGAUAGUAAAGAAUAAAAUAAUUUGAUAUGAUGAAUGUAUGAGAUAUGAUGAAUGUAUGAGAUAUGAUGAGUAAAUUUAUAUACACCUAAAAAAUUAUUUAUAACAUAUCAUCAUUUAAUAACAAAAAGAAAUGUAUGUCACUUGCCACUGCUCAUAAAUUGUAUUAUUUAAGAUUAAUUGUAUUAUUUAAGUAAGUUAAGGAUAUUUAUGUCUAGAGACAUAACAAUUCUUCUAAUGCAACAUUUUGACAAAUAUAUGAUGAUGUGAGUAGCUUUAUCUGAGAUUUUUUAUUUAUGUUGUGAGCUUGAAUGUAUUAAUUGGUGAGCAAAAUAUACUUUCUAUGUAUAAAUAUUAUUCAUUUUAGAUAUGAUAUAUUGCUCUUCUCUCUUUCUGUAUAGAAUGCAAUAUAUGGAUAAUUUACUUUUAUAGGAUUUUGCUACAUUUUGUAGCAAAAAACAACGCACAAAAUGAAAUUUCAUUUCAUAGAAUGUAAAAUAAGAUAAUAAAGAGAUUUGAUUAUUACCUUAA